AUGGUGAUGUUCGAUUAUGGGCCGAAGCUUCACAGAAGACUGAGAAUUGAUUAUGAUGGUGAUGUUCGAUUGUACAGUUGGGACGAGGAGGGGCAGACGUGGUUUGUGUCUUGGCAAGCCAUACCGGGACCUUGCAAGAUUUAUGGUAUAUGCGGGCCAAAUAGCCUUUGCAGCUAUAUUGUUGGUUCUGAUAGGAACUGUUCAUGCCUCCCAGGAUAUAAGAUGAAAAAUCUAAACGACUGGUCUGACGGGUGCGAACCAGAGUUUCAUCUUUCUUGCAAUACAAAUGAGUCUGGCUUCCUGCUGUUACCCCGUGUUGAAUUCUUUGGUUAUGAUUAUGGGUUCUUCCCCAAUUACACAUUUGAUCAAUGUAAGAAUUCAUGUUUGCAAUUUUGCAACUGCAAAGCGUUCCAAUUCACCUUCUCUCGAGAAGAUGGUUUUUCAAAAUGCUACCCCAAGACGAUGUUGCUUAAUGGAUAUCGUUCCCCAGAUUUCCAAGGUGACCUCUAUUUACGGCUACCUGAAAACAAUUUCUCCUCCUGCGCAAAUUAUGUACAAGAUUUCAAACUCAAUUGCUCGAGUAAUGGCACGGUGCCACUGGACAGAACGUAUAACAGAAGCCAGGAAAAUCGGAUAGUAAAAUUCAUGCUCUGGUUUGUAUGUGGAGUGGGAGGACUUGAAAUCAUCUGUAUCUUUUUGGUGUGGUGUCUCUUGAGUAGACCCCAGCAGGCUUCUAGUGUAGACAAACAGGGCUAUCUUGCUGUCAUUGGGUUCAGAAGAUUUGCUUAUGUUGAGCUCAAGAAGGCAACAAAAGAUUUUAAUGAGGAGAUUGGAAGAGGUGCAGGAGGAAUUGUGUACAAAGGGGUAUUGCCUGACAAUCGAGCCGUAGCAAUCAAGCGUUUCAAUGAAUCUGACCAAGGAGAAGGUGAAUUUCUAUCUGAAGUAAGCAUCAUCGGGAGGAUUAACCACAUGAACUUAAUUGAGAUGUCCGGGUACUGUGCAGAGGGAAAGCGUAGGCUUUUGGUGUACGAGUACAUGGAACAUGGUAGUUUAGCCCAAAACCUCUCAUCCCAUGCACUUGAUUGGAAGAAAAGGUUUGACAUUGCCGCAGGCACAGCAAAAGGCCUAGCUUAUCUGCAUGAAGAGUGCUUGGAGUGGGUUUUACACUGUGAUAUAAAGCCACAGAACAUACUCCUAGACUCUAACUAUCAACCAAAGGUGGCAGAUUUUGGGUUGUCUAAGUUACAAAAUAGAAACCACGAGAAUGCAAGCUUCUCAAGAAUAAGAGGAACCCGAGGGUACAUGGCUCCAGAGUGGGUUUUCAAUCUUCCUAUCACCUCCAAAGUGGAUGUUUAUAGCUACGGAAUUGUUGUAUUGGAGAUGGUGACGGGAAAGGGACCAACAAAGGGUGUCCAUGCUAUAGAUACUGGAGGCGAGACAGAACCCAAAAGGUUGGUUGCUUGGGUGAGGGAAAAAAGGAAUGAAGCGACUGCAAUGGCUUCCUGGGUUGAGGAGAUCGUUGACCCAAUAUUGAAAGGCAGUUACGAAAAGGGUAAGAUGGAAAUUCUAAUAAAUGUUGCUUUGCAAUGUGUAGAGGAAGAGAAAGACGCAAGACCCAGCAUGAGCCAAGUAGCUGAGAUGCUUUUACGCCAAGAAAAUGAUAGUCACAAUGAUGAUCAUGGUAUUAAUCUCUAA